CAAUAAAAGCUCUACUGAUCUAUUCUGGAAUAUUGUUGGUCGUGAUAAUUACACAAUUUCUCUGAAUCAAUCACCUGUCCUUUGUAAUAGCUCUUCUCCACCUGUAGGAGAUUUAUUUUGUACAUCUACGUCUUUCGCAAGGAAAUUCCGUACCUUCCCCUGGCGAAAUAAGCCGUCUUUGAGGGUAGUUCCUAUUAUGGUUGCUAGUAACGAUGCUAAAUCGAUUAGCUUGCUGACAACCACAAUAAAAUCUAGCGUUUCCUCAGCUCAAUCUAGUAUCGCUAGUACGAUUAUAGGGGAUUGGGAUAAUCACAAGAUGAAUACACAAGCUGUUCCUCUGACUCCACCACAGGAGUCAACACAGUUGCAAACCUCCGGUGAUUUAUUGUCACCAAUUGAACUUUGCGGCAGAAGUGACGAUACUAAUCCGGUUUUGAAUGUAUCUAUAGCUGAACAG